UUUGAUGAAUUCUUUGGUAUUGGAUGGUAAACUAUUUCAUGUUAGAUGUUGUUGUCAUGUUCUUAACUUGAUAGUCAAAGAUGGGUUGAAACAAAUUGAUGAUGCUGUGGAUAAAGUUAGAGAAUGUGUGAAAUAUGUCAAGGGUUCUGAAGCUAGAAAGGAUAAGUUUAGUGAGUGUUGCUCACAAACUAAUCUAGAUUUUUCGGGAUCUCUUUAUCCUACUUCAAAUUUGUUUUUUCCUAACAUACUUGAUAUCCACUUGAAGUUGGUUAAAGAGUUGAAAAGUGAAGAUGAUUAUAUCAAGAUGAUAGCUGAAAAAAUGUGGGCAAAGUUUAACAAGUAUUGGGCUGAGUUUAAUCUUUUAUUAGCCAUAGCCGUAGUGUUUGAUCCUCGGUACAAGCUUUCAUUUGUUGACUUUAGCUAUGAAAAGCUUUAUGGUAGUUGUUCGCUACAAUUUCAAACGGUUAAGACUACACUUUACGCCCUCUUCAAUGAAUAUAUGCAAUCUUCAAAAAACUCUACUUCAUGCGGUGCUAGUGAAGAAACGGAUUCUCGAGAAGUUAUCAAUGGAGAAGAAAACAAUAGCAAGAGUUUUCUCAAGGAGUUCGAUUUAUAUGAUAGGGCUUCAUCUUCUAAUGCCAAGCAAAAAUGUCAACUAACCGAGUACCUUGAUGAGCCAAGGACCAAAAUAACUUCUCCUAUUCGUAUUCUCGAAUACUGGAAGGCUCAACAAUAUAGGUAUCCCGAUGUUGCUAGGUUAGCCAUGGAUAUUCUUUGUGUUCCGGUUUCGACUGUUGCAUCUGAAGCUGCUUUUAGUCUUGGCGGAAGAAUUAUAGAUCAAUAUCGAAGUUCAACGUUGCCUUCCACUGCUGAAGCUUUGAUAUGUACUAGAGAUUGGUUGUUUUCUGGAAAAGGUAGUUUUUAUAAUUUUUGUUUACUUAAUAUCAUGAUUUAAGUUCAUACUGAUCAUUUUUUUCUGUGUAGCAACUUCACAUGAUGAUUCUGAAGUAACUCCAAACAUUAUGGCAAUGAACAU